GUCGCUUUUCUCUUUGAUUUGCCCAAAACAGAGCAACAGUUUAUCUCAGCUUUUCUGAAAAAUCUGUGAAAAUCUUAUGAUUCAGUUGCUAUUGGACUGUUUGCUGUGACAAUCGUGUGUGUAACUUCUUUGUUUUGUAAACAUAAAAAUGGUAAACGAACUCAACAAACCGCCUUCACAGGAAAAUCUAGCGCUUGGCGAGCGCCUGCUCGAUUCGCAGCGGCAAUUGCAAGAGAUGCAAGAGGAACACCGACAAUUGCUACAAGAAAUGGAAGCACUACGACAACGUGCCGCCGCGUUGAGCCGUUUGAAUGAGCAACAAUUCAGUCACGUCGGCGAUCAACGCCGCGAGGAGGCACCGACACUUGACACACACGCAGAUAAUACUACACAACAGCAGCGCGAUAAUACGCCAUUAGACGCUACGGUGUUUGAGGAGCAGGGAGACGCUACCACAGCCAGCUCACCAAAUGAUGCCGUCGAACAAAGCGCCAAUUUAAAUACAGACACCAAUCAAACAAAGAAUUCGCCAGAUAACGACGAGAAUGACGAUGAUCCCGAAACGGCGGCGUAUUUGCAGAAGAAGUUGGCAGAAAUUGCACAAUUGAAAGCGCGUUUUAAGCAUGUACAGAACAUUAUGAACACCACUGAAAAGAUAGAGGAGCACAUAGCCACGAAAGGUGUUCCGAAGAGCGGCGCUGCCAUAACCGCAUUGGAGAGUUCACUGGAUAAAUUAAUUAUUAACGAUAGCUUCACCGAAGUGCAAUCGCCAUGUGUGACUAGCACAACGACUAUUCCGGCAAAUAGUACUAAGCUAAAUGAAGACGAUACUAAUAUAGAAAAUGAAGUGAAAAAAUACGAAAAUACAACGAACGAUGAGGAGCAAACUAUUAAUUCAUAUGCUCCAACACAAGUAGCUAACGAGGAGCUGCUCUCAGCUAUGAUGAAUAUGUUUAGUGAUUUUACAGCAGAUUUACGUAGUCAGGCGGAUGAUUUGCGUGCCGAACGUGAUCGUUUGCGUGCGCUCAAGGAAGAUCUGUUGCGUAGGAAGCGUCAGUCAUAAAAUUUUUCAAAGAAAUUGUAUCAUCUUUAAAGAAAAAACAUUAUUUCAUUGCUGACGUAUAUAAUACAUACUUGAGUACGGAUUUGCUAAAUCCAGACAAACAUACAUUAGUUACAAAUGUUAAAGCUAUAUUUAUACUCCAAGUAUAUAUGUAUAUUAAAUUAUUUUAAUUAAUAAAAAUUGUUUACAGUAUGUUAAUACAAAAUAA